AUGCCAAAAAAUCUAACUAAGUUCAAUACAAGUUGGUUCAGUAGGGUUGAUUCUGACAACAACCCGGUACAAAUAUGGCUGAAAAGUGGUUCAACAGAAACUACUUUUAGAUGUAGUUUAUGCCAAACAAAUGAUCUGAAUUGUGGAAAUCAAGGCUGGAAAGCAAUUGAACAACAUAUGAGUAAUUAUAAGCAUAAAAAUAUUCUCAAUCAAUGGAAACAAAAUACGAAAUUUACUGUUUUAUCAUCAUUAUCACCAUCGUCACGCCCAGCUAAUGCGUCAAACUCUUCUUCUAUGUCUGUUCCAGUUUUAGAAAAGAAUCACAAAGAUAAACUUCUGAGUUCAGAAGACCAGAUAACAAAAGCUGAAGUUUUGUGGUCGUUAAAUGUUGCACAAAAAGGAUUUAGUUAUAGCUCGUGCAACGAAUUAAACGAGCUGUUUCCAUUGAUGUUUCCUGACUCUUCUAUCGCUAAAAAAUUUAGCAUUCAAUCCGACAAGAUGUCUUAUGUGAUUUCACAUGGUUUAGGACCUUAUUUCAAAAAACAAAUGCUUGAAGAUGUUAAAAAAGCUGACAAAUUCACACUCAUAUUCGAUGAACAAACAAAUAACCAAAACAAAAAGCAGUUAGAUAUGUUUUUUCGCUAUUGGUGCAAUGAAAAACAAGGUGUUGUGAAUCGUUUUUAUAAAUCAGUUGUAUUAGGUCAUGCAUAUGCAACAACACUUCGUGAUGUUAUUUUGGAAUCAUUUGCUACUGAUGGAUUAAAUUUGAAUAAGCUCCUUAUGCUUGGUAGAGAUAAUCCAAAUGUGAAUAUUUCACUUGAAAAUUUGAUCAAUACAGAAAUGAAGAAACAAGGUGGAUGCUUACUGAGAAUUGGGGGUUGUUCCAUUCAUACCGUUCACAAUGCUUUCAAAAGUGGUAUGACGUCAUCCAAAUGGUAUGUGGACAAUUUUUGCUUGGAUCUCUACUCUUGGUUUAAAUGUUCACCAGCUCGACAGGAAGAUUUCCAAAGUGUAGUUGAUGAUAUUGAUUCUGCAUUAGAAAAAACGAUUUUGUAUUUUUGUAUCACAAGAUGGGUUUUGAUGGGAAAAGUUGUCAAUCGAAUUCUAAUUCAAUGGGAAGUUUUAUGUGAUUAUUUUCUUCGUUUUUUACCCGAGAAACAAUCUUCUCAAAUUCAAAAAAACAAACGUUUUGAUAAUAUCAAACUAGUUUUAUCAUCGAAUUUAGCAAAAGUCAGACUCAAUUUCGUUUUGUUUUUAUGUCAAAAUAUAUUCGAUCGAUUUUUAACAUUUUUUCAAUGUGAAGAACCUUUGAUUCAUUUAUUAUACAAGGAACUUACGGAGUUAUAUCGAAAUAUUCUUUUGGCAUUUUUAAAACCAGAUUCUGUUCAACAGAAAUCUGGGUCAGAUCUGUUAAAUGUUGAUCUUGAACAAUCUUCUAUAUGGCUAUCAGAUAAAGAAAUUAGAAUCGGUGAACAAACAAGAAAACUGGUACCAUCACUUAGUUUCGAUGAAAAGAAAACUUUUUAUGAAGAUAUCCGAAAGAUUUACAAAUCGAUUGGUGCUUAUUUGAAGAAAAAUCUUCCUCUCAAUAAUAUGUUGCUGCGAGAUUUACAAGUAUUAAAUUGUUCAUCAAGAACUGAUUUAUCAAGUGGUGAUCAAAUUGUUCGAGUAGCUCGAGCUAUUCCUAAUUUACUGAAUGAUUCAGAUAUUGAUGCUUUAGAAAACGAAUGGCUUUUAUACUCUAUCGAAGUGAUUGAUCGAUCAUGGUUUGUCAAAGAUGAAUAUGUUGAUUUGAAUGGUAACAAUCAUGUUAAAUAUCAUCGUAUUGAUGAUUACUGGAACAAAGUGUUUGUAAUCUUAACCGAUAAAGGUGUACCGAAAUAUCCAACAAUGACCAAGCUUAUAAAAAACGCUUUGAUUAUUUCACAUGGUAAUGCCGACGUUGAGAGAGGUUUUAGUAUCAAUUCGAAUAUUGUCACGGAAAAUCGAUCAUCAUUAUCUGAAUCCUCAGUAAAUGGACUGAGAUUAGUCCAUGAUGGAGUAAAAUUUUUUGGUGGUGGAUCAGCACAUAAAGUAGUUGUGAAUACAGAUAUGAUCAAUGCAGUGAAGAGAUCAUCGAGUGUUUAUCGGGAAGAAUUGAUGGCAGAGAAACUGUCAAUUGCUCUUUUCAACAAAAAGAAUGCCGAAAAAGAAACUAUUCAAAACGAAAAGCAACAGCAUCUUGAAGAUGAAAAACAGUUAUUGAACAAACAGAAAAACCUUGAAACUCAGCUGAAAGAAGCUGAGUCUUUAAUCAAAGAAGGAACCAAUCGAUUAGAAGGAGCGUUAAAAAGUGGUGUUUUGUCCGAAGUAUACGCAGCAAAUCUUUUGAUUUGUGGUGGUCGUGAAAAACUGGUGUGUGUUAGUGAACAACAACAGCAGUUGACCGACGAACUUGAUAAACUUCGAUUGAAAAGAAAGGAUCUUUUUCUUCACGAGCAAUCAAUAACAAAAAAGAUGAAAAUAUGUGAACAAAAAUAA